UUGGCAGACUAAGACGGCUCGUUCACGACCGACACGUCGGUGCCUUAUAAUAUGUCUGUAGUUCGCACAGAGUGCACACGUUGCCACACCGGUACACGUUAAAGUAAUAUAAAUCUCACUAAGAGGUGGUUCUCAUAUUAUUUUCACCAGACUAAUUGACUAGAACGAGAGACUACUCAGACAAGCUAAAUGCUGACGACAGACCAGGACUGAAAACGUGGAGGAGACUCAGUAGCAGCUAAAUGCCGUUUUAUAUCCGUGGAACAGACAUCUAGUUUGCAAUUCUGCAUUCAAGGAGUUCUCUAAUACUCUCAAAGUACAGGACAGACCUGUAGCCAUGGCAGGCAAGGGUCGUGGGGUGGGUGCCUUUACCUUCAACAUAGAAGCUCUGGGCAUCGGCAGAGGCAGCAUGCCAGAGGCCAGGGUGGGGCCCAGCCCGCUGUAUCCAAACACAGACUUUAAACCGGUUCCACUGAAAGUCGGUGAAGACGAAGACUACAUGCUGGCCCUGAAGCAGGAAAUGAGAGGCGCGAUGCAGCGGCUGCCUCAUAAUAUCAAAGCGCAGUCCGGCAGAGCAGACGUGGAGAAAUACACGGAGAGAUACCUGAAGCACAGACAGAUGGAUGAUGAGACAUGGACUCCAGACUGGAACCUUUUUCCAAAAGAACUGAUGCCUCGAACAAAAAAACCUCGUAGAAAAGUCACUAAGAAUAAGAAGAGUGGAAAAGGUUCAAGCAAAGAGGCAGCGGAUGUUUUGAGCAAAUUAGAUGAACUGGAAAAGAAAGACGACGGGAAUGCUGAAAAGUCAGACGACGAGCCAGAGAAGAAAACGAAAAACGAGGAAGAGGAAGAAAUAGAGGAGGAAGAAUACGAGGAAGAAGACCUCGAAGAGGACAACGACUACAUUGAAAGCUAUUUCGACAACGGCGAAGAUUUUGCUGCCGACAGCGACGACAACAUGGACGGAGAAGCGACAUACUGAGGCGACGGGGCUCCCACGCAGACGUUUAAGUUAACACUUUUCACAGAGCGGUACUUUAUUUUGUGCUACAGAUUUUCUCUGAACAACAUUGUAAAUAAGAGUGUGUGAAAUUUUUCAGAAGGAAAUAAUGUAUUGAAAAUAUAUUUAUUUAUUUUCCAAGCUGGACCACAGAUUGAAGGCACAUACUGUCAUUUUUUUUUCAAUUAUGCUUUGUCAAAAAAAAAAAAAAAAAAAAAAAAAUCAAAAAAAAACUGUGAUGAAAUAAAAGGGCUAUAAAGCUAAGGUC